AUGGAGCGCAAAAUCGACUCACAUUUCAUGGGACUAGGCCCAGAGUUCCGCUCGGCGAAAUGUUUGAAUUUGUGUGAAUUGCAACUGAUCCUCAGUGAUCAGCUCCGCCUGCCGAACACGCGAUCGGCUGAGGCUCAGGGCUUGCUUAAGGCGUCCUACGACUACAGCACGCGGUUCGCGAAGCUCCUGACUCGCAACAUUAUUGUCGAUCUACGAAAUAAUCUCGAGCGAGAGGGAGAUCUUCACCAGUUCGAGAUCGCCCAGCUGGUGAACCUGCUCCCCAAGUCACUAGACGAAGCGAAAGCUCUCAUUCCCACUCUCAACCGUUUGCCUGCGCCUCGGCUGCAACGCAUUCUCGAUCUGCUCGAAAUGUUCCGCGUACAUGCUGCUUGA